AUGGCUGGAAUGUGCUGUGGUUUUGUUGGAGAAGGUGAUUCUUCGGCGAGUUCACGUUCUUCUCGACGCCGCAAUUUAGACAUGUUGCCUUUCAAAUACAUCGCUGACAUGGCUGUUUCCUCCUCCGGAACUUCACGGAAACGCCGUCAGUCGGAUCUCAGUGGUAAGAAAGAUUUUGAAAGCUGCGAGGACUCAAACGGUGACCAUGGAAACGAUAAAAGCAAGAAGAACAAGAACGGAUCAUCCCAAGUUUCUGAAAACAAACCUUCAACCGAAGGUAAUUUGGAAGAGGGAGAGUUUCCGAAGUUCGGAGUUACUUCAGUGUGUGGUAGAAGAAGAGACAUGGAAGAUUCUGUUUCCGUUCAAACUUCCUUCUACGAAGAACUGUUUCACUACUUCGGCGUUUUCGACGGUCACGGCUGCUCUCAUGUUGCGACUAUGUGUAAGGAGAGACUCCAUGAGAUUGUGAAGGAGCAGAUCAACGAAUCGCAGGAGAAUUUCGAGUGGAACAGCACUAUGCAACAAGGCUUUGCUCGCAUGGAUGACGAAGUGCAGAAAUGGAACAGCAGCAGCCAAACUGUUUCUUGUAGGUGCGAGCUUCAAACUCCUCACUGCGACGCGGUUGGAUCUACCGCGGUUGUUGCUGUUGUCACUCCGGACAAAAUCGUCGUUUCCAACUGCGGCGAUUCUCGCGCUGUUCUCUGCCGGAACGGCGUCGCCAUCCCACUCUCCUCCGACCACAAGCCGGAUCGACCCGAUGAGUUGCUCCGAGUCCAAGCUGCUGGAGGGCGCGUGAUAUACUGGGAUGGUCCGAGAGUGCUUGGUGUACUUGCCAUGUCUAGAGCUAUAGGCGACAAUUAUUUGAAGCCGUAUGUGAUAUCUGAACCUGAAGUAACGGUAACAGAGAGAAGAGAAGGAGACGAGUGUUUGAUACUGGCUAGUGAUGGACUAUGGGAUGUUGUUUCAAACGACACUGCAUGCGGUGUUGUGAAGAUGUGUUUGAAGUCGCAUAAGGUUGCGCCGCCGGGGUCUCUGGCUAACAAUGAUGUCACUACUGAUGGUUCUGAUCGUGCAUGUUCUGAUGCAUCCAUUCUGUUGACUAAGUUGGCUUUGGCGAGACACAGUUCGGAUAAUGUUAGUGUGGUGGUGAUUGAUUUGAGGAGAGAUCAACGUCCAUCAUCAAAUUCCAACAAUAAUUAG